GCAUACCCCCAAGUGCAGUAUCUUGUUCCAGAAGAUGUUCCAGAGGAGAUCAUCAACAAGGAAAGAGAAAUCGAGAUGCAGAAGGAAGACCUUUUGUCAAAACCUGAGCAGAUCAGAUCCAAGAUUGUUGAUGGGCGGAUAAAUAAGAGGCUUGAAGAACUGGCCUUACUGGAGCAACCUUACAUCAAGAAUGAUAAGUUGGUGGUAAAGGACUGGGUCAAGCAGACAAUUGCAACGAUUGGUGAAAACAUCAAAGUGAAGAGAUUUGUGAGAUACAACCUGGGAGAAGGUCUUGAAAAGAAGAGCCAAGACUUCGCAGCAGAGGUGGCUGCUCAAACAGCAGCUAAACCUGUCGCCUCACCAGGAAAAGAGCAACCUGCUGUUGAAGCCAAGGAGACUACUGUUGAGCACCCAAAAGCAGCAGUUUCAGCCGCUUUGGUUAAACAGCUGCGAGAAGAAACUGGAGCUGGGAUGAUGGAUUGCAAGAAAGCUCUCUCCGAAACUGGAGGGGAUCUUGAAAAGGCACAAGAAUACCUCCGAAAAAAGGGUCUUUCAACUGCUGAUAAAAAGUCCAGCCGACUUGCUGCCGAGGGGAGGAUUGGUUCAUACAUUCAUGACUCCCGAAUUGGUGUGCUAAUAGAAGUUAAUUGUGAAACCGACUUUGUGGGGAGAAGUGAAACCUUUAAGGAAUUGGUCGAUGAUUUGGCAAUGCAAGUUGCAGCCUGCCCUCAGGUGCAGUUUGUAUCAAUUGAUGAGAUUCCAGAAAGCGUUGCCAACAGGGAAAAGGAGUUGGAAAUGCAGAGAGAAGAUCUUAAGAACAAGCCUGAAAAUAUAAGGGAGAAGAUUGUUGAGGGCAGGGUCUCGAAGAGGCUUGGAGAGCUUGUUCUUUUGGAGCAGCCUUUCAUAAAAGAUGACAGUGUUUUGGUGAAGGAUUUGGUAAAGCAAACUGUUGCCGCCCUUGGAGAGAACAUAAAAGUUAGGAGGUUUGUCCGAUUUACUCUAGGCGAGGAAGCCAAGGAAGAAGGAAUAAUUGAAGAGACAGCUGCUGUAUGAAGUUAACGCUAACUUGGGAUACUGGAUAUAAGCAAGCAGAAGAUGCAUAGGAAGACUUUCCACUUCUGGAGAUGGAGCAAGUUUACAUCAGUUGAGCUAUUUUUGUAUCCGAGUAUAAUGUAGUCAUACUUGAUGUGCUGUGAGGCGAUUAGUUUCAUUUUUUUCCUCCUUUUUCCUUUUUCUUUUAUAUUUACUGGUUAUGUAACUGUUAUAUUAUCAUCAGAAACUAGGACUUUCGGAAGCCAUUUUGAAGCAAGAUGUCAAAGGAGAACCAUUAGAGGCAAUUUUAGUGAGUUAAUUUUUUCAGCAUUAA